UACAGCUAAUCUUUUUCUCAUUUUAGCUAGCUAACAUAAUUAUUUUUUUUUUAAUUCUCUGCUCUAUCGAUAAGCCAUUAUUUUUUUUAGGAUUAAAGUUAUACAUAUAUCAAUCAUACGAUUUCUACAAUCCAUUCAAUUUUUUGGUGAUGAGCUGAUGAAUGAUGGGCGACACACAAAUUCUAUUUUAUAUUAUUAUAAUUGUGGUUGUAGUGGUAAAAAUUUUAUUUUGGACGAUAUAUUUAUGCAUUCGUAAAAGAAGGCUUCAAAGACAAAGACAGGAAUCGAGCAGGGUUAUUGACACGUGUUAUGAAGAAGUACCUGCCGUGCCUCAACCUGCGUACGUGUUCAGCGGUUUAUCACCUGAAGAUUUAAGACAUACUAUACUUUGCGAAUCUCUUCCGGGGUAUCAACCGGAUGAUCCGUAUAAAAUGGACUUGCCUCCGCCAUCUUACGGAGAGAACUUUCAUUCUACUUGUGAAAAUGAACAACAGCCCGGUACAUCGAGACAAACGUUUGAAGAUUUAGUGGGAUCGUUUGAUACAAAUGAUAGCACGUGUCUUCUUGGAGACGAUGAUGAAGACUUCAUAUGCUUACAACAGAUGACUUGAUUGAGCGAGACGGUGUGACAAAAAUGCCGGCAGUGGAAUAUGGUCAUUGUGUAACCGCUAUUAUGGUGCAAUAAAUUAUUUUUGUUCACCGUCACAAUAAGCACGUUGUUGAAGCAUUUGGAAAGAGUCAAACCCUGUUGUUUAUUUUUUUUAUACAUAUGUACAUAGCUAGGUUCCAUGCUUUUUUUCAAAUAGUCUCAGUGACCAAACUAACUUAAGUUCUGAUUAAAACAAAAAAGUAUGCGUAAGCAAUUUUUUUUUUUUACUCUAAAAAGUUUUUGACCUUCUGGUGGUGCUUGUAGCUCGGUUUCUAACGAAAAGGAUGUGACUAUUUGAGCAAAAGCGUUUUAUUUUAUACGAAAAAUUUGUUUUUACCAA